ACCUGACACAAAGGAUGUGGGCGGGAUAGACACUUAAGAUUAAAGCAAAGCUUCAGUACAGUUAAACAUUUAGGACUAAGUAAUAAUGUCUAAAUCCAUUUCUGAGAAACAAAAGAAGAGGAAAAGGUCAUCAUCAUCGUCUGCUACACCAACUACUCCAGAGCCAACUAACCUCUUGGAUGUUAUAAGAAAAAUUCAGAACCACCCAGAAUUCAAGGAUUGGACUGAUGAUGCAGCAAAACAGAGAGCCAAGGAGUUGACAGACCCUGUCGAAUUGAAUAUAGUCUUCAGCCAUCUCCUUGAUGACCGUUUUGCUGAUCAAGUUGCUCAAAUUGGACUGGAAGCAACUGAGACAGAUCAUGGCAAAGAAUUUGUUUCAUCAAAAGAAGUGUAUGCUGCAAAAGGCAGGGCAGCAAAGCAGUUUGAAAUUGCAACUAAAAUGCCUAUAAAGCUUCACCUCACUGAGCUAAGCAGAGAACACCGUCUACCAAAGCGAUUCAUGGAUCGAUUUACAAAAACUCUGUCUAUGGCAUACGGUCCACUACAUGCUGCCCUGGUCAUCGGAGAUGUCACACUGGAAUGGAAUGAUACCAGCCUAGUAAUACCGCAACGUGGUUGGACAGAACCAGAUUUGCAGAUGGACAUUACCAAGGAGACGGCUGCAAUGAAAUCAAUCACACGAAAAGAGGUGGACAUGAAAGCUUCAGUUGACACUCUCAACUACAAGAAGCAAAUGGAAUUGGUCUACCACACCACCGUGAGUCAAGCUAAACUGAUUCAAAAUCUCAUUGAGGUCAUCUCAAAGUACAACCGCCUCUAUACAUACCAUGUAUUUCGACGAAAUUGUCAGACUUUUGUCGUUGAUGCAAUGAACGCAAUGGGGAUAAAAGAGAUACCGAAAAUGACAGGGAAACUUAAAGAUUACUUCACUGAGUUGAGAAAAGGAAUAAAGCGUGUUCCGGAUGAAUUUCAAACACACGAGGAGCUCGAUCGAUACGUCCGAGACUCACAGAGCACUGGGGAGUUUGCCAACCUAACACAGCAUGACAAAGAGUAUCUUCUCUGUCUUUACUUCAAGUUUCAUCUCGAAGAUCUAAGCAAUGAAGACGAUGAAAGCGAAUUGUGCAGGUUUCCUAACUGUAUGAAAAACAAAGUAGAUGCAGCUAUCGAUGGACCAAUUAAAUUGGAUGAGUAUACUGCAGAUUAGAGAACGUGUAUAAUUUAUAUGAAGUACGUUGUUAUUAUAAACACUAUCAUGUGGACACAAACACAGUAGAUUUCACUUUAUCUGC